AUGAUAGCAAGUCUGUAUAUUGGAGGCAAUGGUAUAUCGGCUGAAGGAGCCAAAGCAAUUGGAGAAGCGUUGAAGAUAAAUUCAACAAUACGACUUUUUAGUAUUGCAUAUACUAGUAUAUUGGAUGCAGGUGCCAAAGCAAUUGCAGAAGCACUGAAAGUAAAUUCAACGAUAACAACUCUUGAUAUUAAACUUAAUAGUAUAUCGGAUGACGGGGCCAAAGCAAUUGCAGGAGCACUGAAAGUAAAUUCAACAUUAACAACUCUUGAUAUUGGACUUAAUAAUAUAUCGGGUGAAGGGGCCAAAGCAAUUGCAGAAGCACUGAAAGUAAAUUCAACAUUAACAACUCUUAAUAUUGAAAGCAAUAGUAUAUCGCAUGACGGGACCAAAGCAAUUGCAGACGCAUUGACAGUAAAUUCAACUAUAGUAAGUCUGCAUAUUGGAAGAAACGAGAUAUCGGAUGAAGGGGCCAAAGGAAUGGCAGGAGCACUGAAAGUAAAUUCAACGAUAACAACUCUUAAUAUUGAAAGAAACGGUAUAUCGGAUGAAGGGGCCAAAGCAAUUGCAGAAGCACUGAAAGUAAAUUCAACAUUAACAACUCUUAAUAUUGAAAACAAUAGUAUAUCGGAUGAAGGGGCCAAAGCAAUUGCAGACGCAUUGACAGUAAAUUCAACGAUAACAAGUCUUGAUGUUGGAAUUAAUAGUAUAUGGGGUGAAGGGGCCAAAGCAAUUGGAGAAGCACUAAAAGUAAAUUCAACAUUAACAACUCUUAAUAUUGAAAGAAACGGUUUAUCGGAUGAUGGGACCAUAGCAAUUGCUGAAGCAUUGAAAGUGAAUUCAACAUUAACAACUCUUAAUAUUGAAAGAAACGGUAUAUCGGAUGAAGGGGCCAAAGCAAUUGCAGAAGCACUGAAAGUAAAUUCAACAUUAACAACUCUUAAUAUUGAAAACAAUAUAAAUUCAACGAUAACAAGUCUUGAUGUUGGAAUUAAUAGUAUAUGGGGUGAAGGGGCCAAAGCAAUUGGAGAAGCACUAAAAGUAAAUUCAACAUUAACAACUCUUAAUAUUGAAAGAAACGGUUUAUCGGAUGAUGGGACCAUAGCAAUUGCUGAAGCAUUGAAAGUGAAUUCAACAAUAACAACUCUUAAUAUUCGAGAUAACAGUAUAUUAUCUAUAGGGAUCAAAGCAGUCGAAGAAGCAUUGAAGAUGAAUAAAACAUUAGCAACACUUUAUAUUGGAGAUGGCACUAUAUCGAGCGAGUGGUCGAAAUCAGUUGAAGUGGGAUUGAAAAUGAACAGAACAUUAGCAAGUCUUGAUCAUGGAAAUAACAGUAUAUCGGAAGAAGCGGCCAAAGCAGUUGAAGGACCAAUGAAAAUGAACUAA